AUGAUAAGAAAUAAAAUAAAAAAUAAAAAAUCAAAAUCAGACUACUACAGCGAGAUAUCAUUAGAGGAGGAGGAAGAUAAAGAAGAAGAAAUAAAAGAUAAAAAGGUUUUAUCAAAAGAAGAGAUUAAAGAAAAUGAAAAUAAAAAUGAAAAAAUAAAACAAACACAAUGUCCAGAAGAUAAUGCAAGUUUAUUUUCAAAAAUUACAUUUGGAUGGAUAACAAAAUUAAUAGUAAAAGCAUACAUAAAAAAAUCAUUAGAUAUAAAGGAUAUUUUUGAUGUACCAAAUUAUUUAAAAUCAAAUUAUACAUCUAAAUUUUUAACAACAGAAAAACAAACUUUUAAAAGAAAUACUAAAUAUUCAUUAAUUUUAAAUAUUUAUAUUAAUUUUAUAUUAUUAAAAAAUAAAAAAUUAAUUUUAAUUCAAUUUUUAAGAGUUUUAUUUACAUUAUUAUCACCAUUAAUUUUAAAAUUGUUUAUUGAAUUCACACAAAGAAUUGAUUCUGAAAAAUCAAUAAUUGAAGGAAUAAUUUAUUGUGGAUUAUUAUUUUUUUCAUCAUUUUGUUCAUCAUUGGUUGAUGAAUAUUUAGUUUGGUUUGGAAUGAUUACAAGUUCACAAGUUAAAAGUUGUUUAACUUGUUUAAUAUUUGAAAAAUCAUUAAAAUUAUCAAAUUCAGCAAAGGUCAAGUAUAAUGCAGCUAAAAUUACCAAUUUAAUAUCAAUUGAUGUUGAUAAUUUUUCCAAUUUCUUUUGGUCAAAUAGUGUAGAGAUAUUCUUUCAACCUUUUCAAUUGAUUUUCUUAUUGAUUUUAUUAAUUUCAGAAGUUGGUUGGAGUGGUUUUGUUGGUACAGCAGUUAUAUUAAUAUCAUUUCCAAUAAAUUCUUAUUUUGGUAAAAAAACAAGUGAUUACUAUGAAAAAUUAUUAAAAUACACUGAUAAAAGAGUAUCAACAACUUCUGAAUUUAUUAAUGGUAUUAGAUUCAUUAAAAUGUAUGCUUGGGAAUCAUUAUUUUUAAAGAAAAUUGAAAAACAAAGAAAACAAGAAUUAAAAAUCCUCUUGGAAAGGGGACUCUUUUGGUUAGGUCAAAUAAUAAUUAUAAAUACAAAUAGUACUUUUGUAUUUGUUGCAACCAUGGUAACUUAUUCUUUAAGUGGUAAUAAAAUGAAAUUAGAAACUGCUUUCACUGCAAUGAAUAUAUUGGAUAGUAUUAGAAUUUUAUUAAUUGUAAUGCCAUAUUGUUAUUAUUCAAUAAUGGAAUUAAUACCAUCAAAUAAAAGAAUUGAAAAAUUUUUAUCAACACUUGAAAUUCAACAAAAUUUACAAACUACUAAAAAUAGUAAUACUAUUUCAAUUAAUAAUGGUACUUUUAAAUGGAAGGAUGAAAAUUUUGAAGAAACUGAUGAUGACGAUGAUCAUGAUGAUGAUGAUGAUGAAGGAGAAAAAGAAAUAGAGGGAAAGGAAGAAAAAGAAGAAAUUAAUAAUUUUAUUUUUGAAAAUAUUAAUUUUAAAGCACCAAUUGGAAAAUUAACAAUGAUUUGCUCACCAGUUGGAAGUGGUAAAACUAGUUUAAUAAAUGCAUUAAUAGGUGAAAUUGAAAAAGUUAAUGGUGAAAUUAAUGGAGUACCAGAGAAUAUUUCAUUUACAAGUCAACAACCAUUUCUAUUAAGUACAUCACUUCGUGAAAAUAUAUUAUUUGGUAAAGAAUUAGAUAUUGAAUAUUAUAAACAGGUUUUAGAUGCAUGUUGUUUAGUAUCAGAUUUAACACAACUUUCUGCAUUGGAUUUAACAGAGAUUGGUGAAGGUGGUAUUAAUUUAAGUGGUGGUCAAAAACAAAGGGUUUCAUUAGCACGUGCAUUAUAUUCAAAUUCAGAUUUUAUACUAAUGGAUGAACCUUUAUCAGCUGUUGACCCAGAAGUUGCAAAUCAUUUAUUUGAAAAAUGUAUUCAAGGAAUGAUGAAAAAUAAAACUAGAAUUUUAGUAACUCAUCAAAUUCAAUUCAUUCCAUAUGCAGAUCAUAUUGUUAUAAUAAAAGAUGGUAAAAUUAUUCAAGGUACUUAUAAAGAAUUAAAAGAUGAAAAUGGUAUUGAUUUUGAAUCAAUUAUUAAAACUAAAAAUUCAAAUUUAAAUUUAAAUAAAACUAUUAAAGAUGAAGAAGAAAAAGAAGAUAAAGAAGGAGAAGAAAAAGAAGAAGAUAAAAAAGAAAUGAUAUUAAAAUUAAUUAAAAUUAAUUAUAGUGAUGAAUUAAAAGAAAAAGCUAAAUUAUUAGUUGAGGAGGAUAGGAAUGAAGGAGAAGUUUCAUUUAAAACUUAUAAAGAAUACUUUUAUUAUGGUUCAUCAAAUUUAUUUUUAUUUAUUACAUUAUUGGUAUUUUUAAUUGGUUUAAUUGUAAAUAGAUUAUCAGAUUUUUGGUUAACAAUUUGGACUGAACAAUCAUUUAAAGAAAAGAGUCAAACUUUUUAUAUUAUAUGUUUUGUUUCAAUUUUCAUUGUAUCACUUAUUUUAAUUUUCAUACGUUACUCUUUGGUUGCAAAAAUUGGAUUUAAAAGUUCAAAAAAGUUACAUGAUCUUUUAAUUAAUUCAAUUUCGAAAUCACCAAUACAAUUCUUUGAUUCAAAUCCAUCAGGACGUAUAUUAAAUAGAUUUAGUAAUGAUAUAAGUGAUAUUGAUACAUCAAUGAUUGACAUGUUUUCAGAUACUUUAGAAUACAUUUUUGCAAUUGUAGUUGGUAUUUUUUCAAUAAUUUAUAUCAAUCCAAUGACAAUUGUACCAUUUUUAAUUUUAUCAAUGUUUUAUUAUCAAAUUUUUAAUAUUUAUCGUGUAUCAGUAAGAGAAUUGAAUAGAUGUAAAUCAAUUUCGCAAAGUCCAAUCAUUUCAUUCCUAUCAGAGUGUUGUAAUGGUUUAUCGACAAUAAGAGCUUUUAAACAACAAUCUAGAUUCAUUGGAAUAAUGAAUGAUAAUAUUGAUAAAAAUUUAAAAUGUGAAUUUGCAAGUUUUGCUGUUGAAAUGUGGAUUUCAAUACGUUUAGAAUUAUUAUCUUCAAUUAUAGUUUUUAUUGUUUCACUAUUUUCCUUAUUCAAUGGUUAUUCAAAUUCGGCACUUUCUAUAUUAUCAGUUUCAACAGCUCGUAGUAUUACUAGUUAUUUAAAGAGUGCUUGUAGACAAAUGGUUGAUUUAGAAAGAAAAAUGAAUUCAUUUGAAAGAGUUAACAAUUAUAUUAAAUUACCAUCUGAAGGUAGUGGCAGUGGUGUUAAAUCGAUGGAAUUUAUUUCUGAAAAAGAUUUAUUAAAUUGGCCAGAAAAAGGUAAUAUUCAAUUUAAUAAUGUUCAAGUUAAUUAUAAUUCGAAUUCUGUUCCAAGUUUAAAGGAUAUUACAUUCUCAGUGGAAUCAAAUGAAAAGAUUGGAAUUGUUGGUCGUACUGGUGCUGGUAAAAGUACAAUUGCAAAUUGUUUAUUCCGUUUAGUUGAAUGUUCAAAAGGUUCAAUUUUAAUUGAUGGUAUUGAUAUUAAAACCAUUGAUUUAAAUAAACUUAGAGGAUCACUUGGAAUUGUUCCUCAAGAACCUUGGUUAUUCAGUGGAACAAUUCGUUCAAACAUCGAUCCAUUAAAUCAAUAUGAUGAUGAAAUGAUUUGGAAUUAUUUAGAAAUGGUUAAAUUAAAGAAACUAAUUAUUGAAAUGCCAUUAAAAUUAAAUAGUAAAAUUCAUGAGAAUGGAAAUACCACUCUUUCAUAUGGUCAAAAACAAUUAUUAUGUCUAUGUAGAUGUUUAAUAAAAAAUCCAAAACUUAUAAUAAUGGAUGAGGCAACAUCAAGUGUAGAUUUUCAAACAGCUGAAACUAUUAAAUCAGUGAUAAACGAAAAUUUAGUUAACAAUACAAUAUUAACAAUUGCUCAUAGAUUAGAUAUAAUUAUUGAUAGUGAUAAAAUCGCUGUAAUUGAUAAUAGUAAAUUAAUUGAAUUUGAAAAUCCAAAAAAUUUAAUUAAUUCAAAUUCUAAAUUUAGAAAAAUCGUUAAUUUCCAAACUAAAAUUCAAACUAAUUAA